AUGCUCCAAGUGCUCAACUAUUCAUAUCUCACCGAUAGACUCUUGAAAAUCUAAUCAAUGCAAUCCUGUCCUAAUAAAUUAAAAAGGUGUGUCAUGUCAAUCAAUAUGCUUGAUCAAAUCAACCAAAAGAAGCAAGAAUCCUUAGCAAAAUUUAAUAACCAUCUGUAUAAUCUUAUUGAUAACAUCAUGAUUUCUACAGCAAUUAAAUAAAAUAAUGACAAAAUCAAUUAAUUAAUUAAUACAAAUAUUAAUAAAAAACUAAGUAAAUAUCAUCGUUUACAAAAUAAAUUAAUACAAAAUUAAAUUUAUUAGUGCAAAUUCACAUUUUUAUAUUAUGUAUUAUAAAUGAUAUUUUAACUUCAAAUUCACUCAAAAAAAUUAUUUCCUUAAAAUUUAAAAUAAAUUAUCUUGAUAAAUUAAAAAUAAAAACAUAUUUAUUAUCAUCAAUCAAUCAAUGAAUUGUUUAUUUUCUAAUUCAUUUUAGAAAUCUUUUUGAUUUUUUUAGUUUGGGCAAUGGAUGCUGCUCUUUUUAUUGAUAAAUUGAUACCUAGUUUUUAUUUAGAUUGUUUUAUGAAUGGGUAUUGA